AUGUCAAAAACUGUCAUUUUAACAGGAGCUUCGGGUUAUAUUGGUCAACACAUUCUUGGAGAAUUAUUAGACCAAAAUUAUAAAGUAAUUGCCAUAGUUCGUUCCCAAAAAUCAUCAGAUACAUUAUCAAAACUAUUCAAACAAACCCCCAAAUUACAAUUUGAAAUUGUUGAACAAUUUGACAAACCACACGCAUUAGAUAAAGUUUUGGAAAAACAUAAAGAAGCAACAAUUUUUAUUAGUACAGCUGCUGUGGUCACUUUUCAUGCUGAAGAUUAUGAAAGAGAUGUUUUAGAUCCAGCAAUUGAUCUAGUUAAAAACAUUUUUUCAAGUAUCAAAGAACAUGCUCCACAAAUUACUAGAGUAAUAUUAACAUCUUCCAGUGCUUCAGUAGUUGGAUUAGAUAAGGCAUUUUCAUAUGAUGCUGAAUACUCUGAUAAUGAUUGGUCUCCAUUUACUCGUGAAAUGAGUACACUGGAUGGUACCAUGGCCUAUUUUGCAUCAAAGAAAUUGGCAGAGAAAGAAGCUUGGAAAUUCCUUAAAGAAGAAAAACCAAAUUUUGAUCUUGUUGUCAUAAUGCCAGCAUUGAUUCUUGGUCCAGUUCGUUUUAGUUCUGAAUUGAAAAACGGUAAAUUUCCUUCCACAUCUGGUAUCAUUGGAGGAUUAUUACAUUUGAAAUCUGAUGAUCCUAUCCAACCAAUGGCAGCAGGUGCGGUUGACGUUAGAGACGUUGCAAAGGUGCAUGUUGAUGUGAUUACUUCGGAAAAAGCUUCAAACCAAAGAAUUUUAGUUGAAAGUGGUAAAGUAACCAAUGAUAAUAUCAUUCAAACCAUCAUUGACAAUUUUCCUAGUUACAAGGACAAGUUACCUACCCCUAACCCAGUGCCACAUUCUAAAUUUGUGAAACCCAAAGAUGAACGCUCAAGAAAGAUUAUUGGAUUCUCAUUAAGGUCAUUAGGUGAUUCAGUAGUUGAUUUGGUCAAACAAAUCGAUCAGGAGAAUUCAGUAAUCGAAUCAAUUAAGAAAUUAGAUAUUAAAAAAUAG